AUGUCUGAAGAAAUGGCAGACCAAAGAGAAGAAGGAGAAGCUGGGGAAAAAGAGGCAUGCAGAGACCAGAUCAAAGAAUCCGACAAAGAAGAGGAACCACCAGCUGCUUCGUCCCAUGGCCAGGAGUGGCGUCCAGGUGGCAAAGCACCUAGGAACCCAAAGCCUGAACCCGGGGCCAGACCCCCUGCACUCCCUGUCAUGGUCAAUGACCCACCAGUACCUGCCUUACUGUGGGCCCAGGAGAUGGGCCACGUCAUGGCAGGCCGAGCCCGCAAGCUGCUUCUGCAGUUUGGAGUGUUCUUCUGUACCAUCCUCCUCCUGCUCUGGGUGUCCGUCUUCCUCUAUGGCUCCUUCUACUAUUCCUACAUGCCGACAGUCAGCCACCUCAGCCCUGUGCAUUUCCACUACAGGACGGACUGCGAAUCCUCCACCUCCUUACUCUGCUCUUUCCCUGUUGCCAAUGUCACACUGGCUAAGGGUGGACGUGAUCGGGUACUGAUGUAUGGACAGCCGUACCGCGUUACCUUAGAGCUUGAGCUGCCAGAGUCUCCUGUGAAUCAAGAUUUGGGCAUGUUCUUGGUCACCAUCUCAUGCUACACCAGAGGCGGCCGGAUCAUCUCCACCUCGUCACGCUCCGUGAUGCUACAUUACCGCUCAAGCCUGCUCCAGAUGCUCGACACACUGGUCUUCUCUAGCCUCCUGCUGUUCGGCUUUGCGGAGCAGAAGCAGCUCUUGGAGGUGGAGCUAUACCCAGAGUACAGAGAGAACUCGUAUGUGCCGACCACUGGAGCCAUCAUUGAGAUCCACAGCAAGCGCAUCCAGAUGUACGGAGCCUACCUCCGCAUCCACGCCCACUUCACUGGGCUCAGGUACCUGCUGUACAACUUCCCGAUGACCUGCGCCUUCGUAGGUGUCGCCAGCAACUUCACCUUCCUCAGCGUCAUUGUGCUCUUCAGCUACAUGCAGUGGGUGUGGGGGGGCGUCUGGCCCCGGCAGCGCCUCUCUUUGCAGGUAAACAUCCGAAACCGAAAACGCUCCCGCAAGGAAGUCCAGCGAAAGAUCUCUGCCCAUCAGCCAGGUAGAGGGCCCCAAGGCCAGGAGGAGUCCCCCCAGCUGUCACCUGUUACAGAGGACGGUGAGAGCCACAUGGAUCCCUCUGGGACAGAAGGCCAGCUGUCCGAGGAGGAGAAAACAGAUCAGCAGCCCCUGAGUGGCGAGGAGGAACUGGAGCCAGAGGCCAGUGAUGGUUCAGGCUCCUGGGAAGAUGCAGCUCUGCUGACGGAGGCCAACCUGGCUGCCUCUGGCUCUGCCCCUGCCCCCGAGACUGUGGGCAGCUCGGAGCCCUCUGUGGGCUCCGUCCGACAGCGCCCCAUCUGCUCCAGCUCCUGA